CUCUCUUUCAAAGAGUAAAACAGGCAUAGGCAGGGAGAACAUGCUUUCCAACUUGUGAGAAUAUCUGCUUCUUUUCCUGGUUUUCUUUAAAAAGCCUAUUCACCUGUUUCCCUCCUUGCUCUUUGUCUUCUCUACCUGGGCUGAAGGUGGAACCCUCCAUGGAAUCUCCAGUAUACAUUUUCCGUGAGGAACCAGGCCCUACAUGUUCCCCUGGAGCAUGUCCACUUCCAAGUGUGACUAGCACUAGCUGGCUUGUGGACUGGGCAGAAUAUGGCAACAGCAGUAGUGGCAUGUAUGAAGACUUGCAACAGAACCACACCAACAUCUCCCCAGCUAUUCCCAUCAUCAUCACAGCCGUCUAUUCAAUGGUUUUUGUGGUGGGCUUGGUUGGCAACUCUCUGGUCAUGUUUGUUAUCAUAAGGUACACAAAGAUGAAGACAGCAACCAACAUCUAUAUUUUUAACCUGGCUCUAGCAGAUGCUCUAGUUACCACAACCAUGCCUUUCCAAAGUACUGAGUACUUGAUGAACUCUUGGCCAUUUGGGGAUGUGCUGUGUAAAAUAGUUAUUUCAAUUGACUACUAUAACAUGUUCACCAGCAUCUUCACUCUGACCAUGAUGAGUGUGGAUCGAUAUAUUGCUGUGUGCCACCCUGUGAAGGCUCUGGAUUUCCGUACCCCUCUGAAGGCCAAGAUAAUCAACAUAUGUAUCUGGCUCUUGUCUUCAUCAGUUGGCAUAUCAGCCAUAGUCCUUGGAGGCACUGAGUUCCGGGAAGAUACUGGCAGCACUGAGUGUUCUCUGCAGUUUCCAGAUGAUGACUAUGAUUGGUGGGACACCUUUAUGAAAAUCUGUGUCUUUGUCUUUGCAUUUGUUAUCCCAGUGCUGAUUAUAGUUAUUUGCUAUACUCUGAUGAUUCUGCGCUUGAAAAGUGUACGGCUUCUGUCUGGAUCUCGGGAAAAAGACCGGAACCUUCGUCGCAUCACCAGAUUGGUUCUUGUUGUGGUUGCUGUCUUCAUUAUCUGCUGGACCCCCAUUCACAUUUUUGUAUUAGUUGAGGCCCUUGGGGAUGUGUCGCACAGCACUGCAGCCAUUUCUAGCUAUUAUUUCUGCAUUGCAUUGGGCUACACCAACAGCAGUCUAAAUCCCAUCCUGUAUGCUUUUCUUGAUGAAAACUUCAAGCGAUGCUUCAAGGACUUCUGCUUUCCUUUUAAAAUGAAGACAGACAGACAAGGCACCAACAGAGUCAGAAACAUCAUUCAAGAUCCUGUGUACGUCAAGGAUGCUGAUGGUACAAACAAGCCAGUAUGACUAGGCGUGGAGAUGUCGUCUUAUUGUCCUCCUGGACAAGAGGAAUCCAAUGAUCUUGGACUAACCCAAAUAACCACUGCAGUGUGAAAUUGAUAGCAGUAGAACUGAUUUCUUUCAGAACUCCCAUAGAUUGAACUGAAGUAUGGCCAUUGCUUGGCAUGAACUGUUUCUUCACAUAUGCUCACUAAUUAGCAAUUUUAGGGUUAUAUUCAUAAAAAGCUCUUGGUACACAACAACAACAAAACAGAAGGAAAAAAAACAUUUGGUGCAGGAAAAGGAGAAGCCCUUUAUAAAAUUAAUGUCUUAAUAGCAUUGGGGGGUGGGGAGAAGCAAAGAAAAAAAAACCUUGCAAGGACCUUUUUCUUGUAGCAUCUCCUGGUUCUUAUUUAGAUUCCAGACGGGAACUAGCACAUGUCUUUUAGCUGAAGAAUUAAUUAAGGAAUAAGGAGGUAAUAUUUUCCUUACAGUCUUCAAACGAGAUGCAUAUUUUCAGAAGCGUAUAUGUCCAAGUCAUGUAAUGAAUUAUGGAAUCUAGUUUUAUAUUGCACCAACGGUGAGCUUCUUUGAAAUCCCAGCCAGCACUGGAUGAAAAUAAUCAAGAUCUAUAUGGUGACAGCACCUUUUAGUUAAGAAGCUCGUCUGCUCAAACAUGCAGCAUUCUUUACUAUGUCAAAUUAAUGGCUGUUAAUUCUGAAGGAGCCAAGUAAGCUUUUAACAUACUUACUGCAUGAAUGGGUUCUGGGAACUAUAUAUGUCUAUACAAUACAUAUCCUUCAUAUCCACAUUAUCUAGGAUGCCCAACAAGGAAGAACUAGAUAUUUGACCGAAACAUAGAAAGGAAGUUUCUAAAGAUCUUGGAGUUGCAUGCCCUACUUUUCCUUCCUGCUGGUCCUCAGAGGACUACAUUUGUCCCUUUUUUUACAACCAGGUGUUCAGUUCUGGAGACAUAAAUCCUCAUUUGCCUCAAUGUUGCAAAUAAGAAUGAGGCCACAUUGUUCUUCUCAGCAACAAGGAUGGCAUGGAAUUUCUUGGGCUACAGCUCUAGUUCUUGCAUUGGCAGGAACAAUGUUUUGAGCAAAAGCUCUUAUUUUUUCACUCAGAGUUGCUUGUUUUGCAUCAAAUUGCAUAAUUUGUGAACUGUAUAAAUUGUGUAGGUCAUCACAAAUUAGGAUGUUUGCUCUUUAAUUUAAAAAUCUGAAUUGCUGUGUGUAUUGUGAGUGUCUUUCUUAAUAAGUAGUGAGUACCUUUGGGCUUGCUGUGUAUGUUUACACUUUAUCAAGGGGAAAUACAUUACACAACUUACAAAUACUUUGAAGGACAAAAAAAGAAAGAAAGAAAAAGAUGGCUCUCACUUUUAGGUGGAGGUGUAACAUCUCACAAGACUUUUAACAUUCCUCAUUGAGAUGUCUCUUCAUGUCAAGACAGCUAAAACUGAUGAGAGCAAGGAAUUUAACAACUAUUAUUUGUAUUCCUAGGCAAAUUUACUUCCUACAUUCAUGGGGUGAAAAUAUGGUUUUCAGUUCUCGGGAAGGUGUGUGGGCCAGUAUCCUUAACAUGGAGAAAUGUGCCCUCAGUUCCUGGAAGAACAUCAUUCAUUUUUAGGCUGAAGAUUUUCCACAGCAAUGGUGGGAUCCUGGGAGCUGCACUGGGAUGUUUAGGGGUCAUAUACAGGCAACACAAUUCCUACCCCUGGUCUAAAGCUUUAACCUUGGGCUGAUUUGUAAGAUUUUCCCUCAGCCUCCCAUUGCCAUGUGAUUUUUUUUCCUCUAUCAGAUUCCAAAUGUGAUAUGUACAGAAGCCACACCAAUUUCAGAGCCAAAAUGUAGCAUGUAAAUAUGCAUACUCUAUCCCAGUUAGGGGUUUUGGUCCAUAACAAUGUGAACAGUCUGCAUAUGUUUGCACAGUGAUGUUUUUGAUUCAAGCAUGAUCACAAAUAUUUGUAUUUGUGUCUGUCUGCAACAAGUGUUUCUGUGUUGUUGCUGUUUAAAAGGAAAAAAAUACAAAUACAGAAAUAUGUAUCAGUAUCUAUACAUACGUAGAUAUAGAUAUAUAUUCCUCAUAAUCACUCCUCUGUGUGAAUUUCCAGAAAUAUCUCUUAACUACUGAGAGUGACAGUAUGCCUUUCAUUAACAUGGCACUGAAUAUAAGACUAUCAAUCAUAUGGAGAAGAAUGUAGUAAAAAUAACUUUUCUUACUUAACAUUUGAUGCAGAAGGACAUUUAAAAAAAAACUUUGAAGCAUUUACCAUCCGUUCUUCACAUGCUUUUGUUCAGCUUUUUUUCUUUGUUUGAAAUUACAUAAAAGUACCAUUCCCGAGUGUUGAAAUAGUUUACUCUUCUUAAUAUAUAAAAUAAUGAAUUGAA